AUGGCCUCGACGUCCGACUACGCCAACCUCUCGACCAAGUGGAUGGAGCGAGACAGCUACGGCUACGGCCGCAACCCUCCCGACCCUCACUGGCCCAACGGCGCCAAAGUCGCCGUCAACUUUGUCCUCAACUACGAGGAGGGCGGAGAGAGGACGAUCGAGGACGGCGACGACGGCCCCGAGACUGCGCUUCACGAGUUCAAAGGACUCGAGGUCCAGCCAGGCGCUCGAGACCCGACCGUCGAGUCCCAGUUUGACUUCGGCUCGCGAGUCGGCAUCUGGCGCAUCCUCGACCUGUUCGAGGGCCACGACAUCCCGAUCACGUUUUACGCCGUCGCCCGAGCGUUCGAGCGCAAUCGUGACGUCGCCAAGGCGGCCAUGCAGAACGGCCACGAGGUCGCCAGCCACUGCUUCAAGUGGCAGCCUCACGCCAACAUGCCUCCCGAGGAGGAGGAAAUGUGGAUCCGCAAGGCCGUCGCAUCGUUCCUCGAGACGACGGGCAAGGUCCCUGUCGGCUGGUACUACGGCCGUCCGAGCGCCAACUCGGUCGCCCUCCUCGACAAGGUCUACCGCGAGCUCGGCCACGAGUUCCUCUACUUCUCAGACACCUACGCCGACGAGCUGCCGUACUGGACUGAGCGGCCGGGCGGCGAUGGCCAGGAAGGCCUGCUCCUCAUGCCGUACAGUCUCGACAACAACGACUUUAAGCUGUGGCACUCUCAGUACGGCUCGACGCGCCUGUGGACCGAGCACUGCCUCGACUCGGUCAAAGUCGUGCGCGACGAAGCCCUCGCCGGCAAGCGCCACGGCUACGUGACGAUCGCGCUCCACACGCGGUGGGUCGGGCGCCCCGGCCGGUUCGCCGCCCUCAAGCAGCUCGUCGAGGACAUUGUCGGGCUCGGCGACGUGUGGUUCGCGACGAGGGAGCAGAUCGCGAGGCACUUUGCCAACGAGUACCCGUACGGGUCGCUCCCGAGGCGCGAGUCGACGGCGUAGCAGUGAACGGCAACAGUAUCGCGAACAGACGUGC